CCUCAUUGUCAGAACAGCAGCAGUCUUUUCAAGCGACAUUGUCCUUCCAUUGAUGACUUCUGGCAUCUACUUCAGGAUUUUUUAAUGCCAUUACCAAAACACUGACCCGUCGCUGCAUGCUGCGAGUCGAGCUUGGACCAUUGCAUCCUGCCCAGGAUCUCUCGACUCCUUUGCGCAGAGACGGAUCGCGGCUUUCGUGAGCUGCCUCGCUUCUGCUGCCGUUGCCCGUCGCCGACCGGCCAGUUCGUCUUCGAAUCGACCGCGAGGCGUCGUCGGCAACACGGACAGCGACAAGACCGUUCUCGAAAACCGAGCCGCCUCCUCCUGGAAGGACUAAAUACAUACCUGGCAUAACAUGGCCACGACUACCCCCGUGCGCCCUGUGCCCGGCGCAUUCCUCAACACUCCUGCGCCUGCGGCCGAUCCUCUGCGACGAGAUCUCUUUGGAGCUGGUGCGGCUGGUACAACGCGACGAGGACCUCUGGGCACCAGCCCGCCGCGACAAACUGCCAUGAACAGGCUGACUACACCAGCUGGCCGACAACCAUCACCUACUCCUCGUCCUCUACCUCCUGCUGGCCCUCAAGCCGCACCUCUGGUCGCGGCGCAGCCAGCUGCCGACAACACACCCCCGGCUCAGAAAGCUGCCAGGUUCAUCAAUGACUUGCUCCAACUUGACGGCAGCUUCCCAGAUCUGGACUCGUACUGCAGGCCUGGCGCUUCAUCCGACUAUGACCUGGCCGUCGUUGACCCAGCCUGGGCACCCUUCCACAAGCCCGCAAUCUACCCGAUGCCCGACGAGGUCUUCCACCGCUUCCAGGGUGGUCAAAUCCACACAAAGAUGGGCUUAUUCCCUGAGGUACACCUAGCCUACGUUCACAUCGACAAUGCUCUCUACCUCUGGGACUACACCUCUCCAGAGCCUGAGCUGUUUGGCUAUGAGGACUCGCCUCAUAGGAUCACGGCAGUCGCCCUUGUCCCCCCACGGCCGGGUGUGUUCGUGGAUACUAUCAAGCACAUGCUUGUUGUCGCCACGUCGACGGAGGUGAUACUUCUCGGCCUGUCCCAGGACAACGCUGGUCAAGCUCCUAGGAUCUUCUCGACCAAGAUGUCAGUGCACAAGGGCGGGAUGGAUGUUAGCUUCAUCGUGGGCUCCGCGGAUGGACGGAUCUUCUUUGGCGGUACGACCGAUACGGAUGUGCAUGAGCUCUACUACCAGCAGGAAGAGCGGUGGUUUUCCAGUAGAGUUGGAAAGAUCAAUCAUACGCACCCGGGAUGGUCCUCUGCACUACCCAAUCCGGCAGCCAUCAUUCCUUACCCCAGCGCCCUCUGGACACCCAAGACGAACGAGGCUCUUGCCGACAUGGUGAUCGACGACAGCCGAAAGCUGCUCUACACGCUGUCUACCAAGUCGACGAUUCGUACCUACCACAUGGACGGCCAGAACAAGCUAGUCAAGUGUAUCGAGAAGGACAAGCUAUCUUGCCUUCGUGAGAUCACUCACAUGAUCACGAGAUCUCAGCUGCUCACUGACCAGAUGAACAUUGUAUCCAUCAGUCCGAUCCAUUCCAACGAGGCUUCGAAGCUUCACCUCAUGGCCUUGACAGACACCGGUUGCCGGAUCUUCCUCAGCGCAACCAACACCGCAUCUUACAUGAGCAGCCUGUCAUCGAACGCUGCCCCCCAGAGCAUGCAGGUCCAAUUUGUCAAGUUUCCGCCAAGGAGCGAGUCUGCAGCAGCCAGACAACUCGGUAUGGACAACGGCGAGGUCCUGGACACAAACUCUACGUCGCUGGUUACGAGCAGACUUGGCCAACGCUUUGCGCCUGGCUACUUUUUUGACGCAGUGACCAAGGAGGACAAGCUGAAAGAUCGCAUCUUCGUCUCAGCACCCGAGUCUGGCCGCAUCAGAUUAGCCGGCGCUACGCCAGGGGCGCCAUUGAGAUACCACGAGCACGCGAGCUGGAUUGAGAUAGGAGCAGCGAGAGUCCUUGCCAUUGGCUUAAUGACUCCACCCUUCGCUGCUGCUGGGCAGCCCAUGGGCUUCGGCAACGAGCUCGCGGUCCAGUUUGACCAGGCACCUCCAGAAUUUGCCAUCAUGACCAGCGAGGGAAUCCAAAUUCUUCGACGACGGCGCCUCGUCGACAUUUUCGCGACGGUCAUUCGAAAGGCUCCGGGUGAAGAAGGAAUCACGGAGGAGGUGCGCCGAUUCAUCUACCUGUACGGACGACAAGAGACCAUCUCAACUGCUCUUGCAGUGGCCUGCGGUCAAGGCAACGAUCUGCGUAACGGCGCUCCUCGUGUGCUCGACCAGGUCACUCAAGACCGAGCACGAUCUACAUUCAUAGACUUCGGCGGCCAGCCGACUGUCGGCGAAACGGAUGGGCAACAAAUCUCGAUAGACUCCGUGAGGCUUUCAUACCGAUAUCAUGCCUUGGGCUCAUAUCUUACUCGCCUCAUCCGCCGUCUGUGGAAGGCGAAGGUCAUCGUCCAGGGAAUCGACGCUGCGAGUGCAGUCGUCGUGACGUCGACCAUAUCCAUGGCCAAGCUCAACUCUGUUCAAGACAGCUUGGACCGCCUCCGAAACUUCCUCCACGCCAACCGUGGUGUCAUCCAAGGUCUGUCUGGCCCGCAAGAUCUCUCCACGGUCCGCAACCGACACGAGGAGAUUGCGAUCCAGGCAGAGCACCAGGGCCUCCACGCUCUGCAGCGGCUCAUGGAAGGCAUCUCGGAGGGCAUUUCUUUUGUAGUGAUGCUCUUCGACGAGCGAGUCUCCGACAUCUUUGUGCGUCUUGACCCGCCCACACAAGACCUACUCCGCAACUUGACGUACGAGCAACUGUUUUCUCAAACGACGGGUCGCGACCUCGCAAAGAUUCUUGUCAAGGCUAUUGUCAACCGCAACAUUGAGAGUGGUGCAAAUGUGGAAACAGUAGCGGAAGCUCUGCGACGGCGCUGUGGUAGCUUCUGCAGUCCUGACGACGUGGUGAUCUUCAAGGCGCAGGAGCACCUGAAGCGGGCGUCAGAACAGGUCAACAAUCCCAAUGUCCUCCGCCAGCUUCUCAACGACAGCCUGCGUCUGUUUGAGCGGGUUGCUGGCAACCUCACCUUCGCUAAUCUCGAAGGCGCUGUCCAGCAGUAUGUUGGGCUGCAAUACUACGCGGGCGCUAUUGAGCUAUGUCUGAAAGUGGCGAGAGAAAAGGAUCGUGGCAACUCAGCGCUAUCAUGGCUCAACGACAACCAACCUGCCAAUGAUCCUCGGGAAGCGGCUUUCGCCGAGCGCCAACGGUGCUAUGAUUUCAUUCACGAGGUUCUAACGCAUCUCGAUACUGUCUCAACCCGAGAAGCCGAAAUGAUGGACGGACGGCCAACCCUCUUUGGUACCAAGCUGAGGGAGGCAUACGAUGUUGUCAACGGUGCCGGCGACGAGGUGUUUCAAUACGAUCUCUAUGAAUGGUACAUCGCGCGUGGGUUCACGGAGCGCCUCCUGAAUGUCGACUCGCCCCACGUCGUCACCUUCCUCCAGAAGCUUGCCGCGACCCACCGCGAGCAUGCCGAGCUGCUCUGCCGCUACUACACAAUGCGGCGCAAUUUCUACGCAGCCGCCGAGGUUCAGUACAGACUGGCCGAGAGCGAAGAAUUCGACAUCGGCCUCGAAGACCGCAUCAAGUUGCUUGGUCAAGCCAAGGCCAACGCAAGCGUAGCCACGAUCGGUGUCAGCCCCCAGCUUCAGCAGGUCCUGAAUCACGCAGUCGCGACGAUGCUCGAGAUAGCCCACAUCCAGGACGACCUGCUGCGAAGGCUCUUGGCCGACUCGAGGAUACCUGACGAGCGCAAAGACGAGGCCGAGGGAAUUCUUAACGGUCCCAUCCGUAGUUUGAAUGAUCUCUGGAACUCAUACGUGAGCCCUGCACAAUACUACGACAUAUCGCUCCUUGUGUUCCAUGUUGCCGACCACCACAAUCCUCGCGCUAUCGCCGACACCUGGCGCAAUUUGAUUGAGGCCGCGCACGAGGAGGUGGAGGCACAAGAACAGGAAUGGGAGGCAGCAGGCCGGCCCCGUGACAAUCCCAAUGUGAUGGAGCCUCCGCUGCCCUACGAACACGUGAUGGCCAAGGUUCAGGAUAUCGCACACCGGACCUCGCUGAACGACCACAUCUUCCCCAUCGAGUUCAUCUUGACAUACCUGUGCAGAUACUCGAUUGAGCACGGGCAGGACGAGCGCAUCGGGGCAAACCCGGCAUGGCCUGUCCUUCUCUUCCUGAACCUCCACGUUCCAUAUCCUUCCAUCACGCGCGUCCUGGAGCGGAUCCUGGACGCACAGGAGGCACCUUUCACGGGGCGCCGGCGCAAGGUGGUCGUGGGGUGGAUCGCCGAGGCUCUGCUCCGGUGGGCUCGAGAGGCCGAAACCCAAGGCACCGCCGGGGGCAUCGGCCGAUGGGUCGAGGAUCUUCUGCACCGCUGCCAAGAGGCUCUGGAAGAGAUCGCGCACCUCGACGAGAGGAGCGGUAAGCCGCACGCUGCAGACACGCAGAGCCUCUUCGCCCACGUCAGGGAGUUGCAAGGCUGGGUGCAGGAGACGCUGGGUGGACGAGGAACCACUGGGGUGAGGCUGUUUUAAUGGGUGGAGAGAAACAAAGAGAGAGAGAGAGAGAGAGAGAGAGAGAGAGACAGAACCAGCGUGGGCCUUGGGAAGGCAGGGAGUGAUGAAAGUAUUCGUGAGAGCGCGAUACGCCUACAUAUGUCACGGAGUCCAGUGGUCCAAGAAGGAUGGUGAGUCGGGGGGAAAGGCGCCCUCGACGAGGGAACAUGGGGCGAUAGCAUCUUGUCGCAAUGGAUGACAGAAGCGAGUGCCGCCGGGUGGAAUCUCUUUAGGCGUGCAUGCUAUCUGUGGUGUGGCUGACGGCACGCAUAUGUGGCUCUGGAUAAGUCUCGUCCUCAUGUGCAAUUUGAAACCAGAAAGACAGAAAGAAGAAAAGAGAAGAAAAAAAUAAUGAUAUCUGUACGAUUCGGGG